GGCAAGCCUGAAACCGUGCAGAAAGCCGGCUUUAUCAAAGGCCCCGUCUUCAAAGGCGUUGCUUCCAGUCGCUUUUUGCCCAAAGGCACCAAAACAAAGGUUAACCUUGAGGAGCAAGGAAGACAAAAGGUGUCUUUCAGCUUUAGUUUAACCAAGAAAACCUUACCGAAUAGAUUUCUGACUGGUCUCGGAAACGAGAAACAAAAUGAAACUCAAAACUCCCCAGCAGCACCGCUUCAGACUGACUUUAACCCCAAAAGUAAAAUGGACUUGGGGGAUGCUGCUGGUGCAGCUGAGGAGUCUUCACCUCCAAAACCCAAGGUAGAAUUAGGGAAGAUCCAUUUUAAAAAACAUUUACUUAACGUCACAGCAAAACCACCGCCAGCCACAGCAGCAACGCUACCGCCGCCGGCUGUGGCACCGGUAACGGAACCGGUGGCAUCGGCCGCGGACUUUCCCUCCACGCCACCGCCUCCCCUGCCUCCCCCUCCGCUAACGGCGUCGCCAGCAGCAUCGAUGCCGCUUCCUGCGGCGGCAGCUUUGCCACAACUGCCCGUGACGCUGACGUCCACGCUGUUGCUGUCACCGCCUGUGGAAGCUGAAGUCCUCGCUUCGAAGGAGCCGUGCCAAGCGGUACCCAAGGAGGCUUUGGAGCCGGAUGUCAAGCAGGAUGCAGUAUCACGCGGUUCGGAAGAACGUGUAACUCAGAACACGCCCGAGCAGACGGAAGUAACUCCGCAGAAGGAAGAUUCCCAUAUUGGGAAAGAGGAUGAGGUUUCCGACGGCUCGAAGGGUGCUCCCCUCUGCUCCCGGAGGCAGGGGUCGAAGAGAAAGUUCUCCCAGUCCGACGGCACGCAGCUGGGCUCCGAGUCCGAUGAGGAUUCGGUGAGGACCUCCUCCAGCCAGCGGUCGCACGAGCUGAAGGUAUCCAGUACGGAAAAGGAGAGAGAUCCCAGACGAAGCUCCGCAUCCCUCAGAGGCGAUGAUCUGGGGAAGUCCUCCUCACGCUCCAGGUCAGAGAGGGACGAGAAGUACUCGAGCUAUUCGAAAUCAGAAAGAGAUUCACGGUAUUCGUCUUCCCGCUCUCGAUCAGACAGAGAAAGAAGGCGAAGCCGGUCUCAUUCCCGUUCCCGAUCAGAUCGGGGCUCCCGCACCAGCUCUUCCUACUCGAGGUCGGAGCGCUCACAUUACUACGAAUCCGACCGCAGAUACCAUCGGAGCUCUCCGUACAGGGAAAGGUCGAGAUAUUCCCGUUCGUAUGCGGACAGCAGGGCGCGAGAUAGCUCAGACUCGGAGGACGAGUACAGGAGGACACAUUCCAGAUCGAGCGACUCAAGGCGUACGUCGUCCCACUCCUCCUCGUCCUACAGGGACUCCAGGACUUCUUACUCCAAGUCGGACAGGGACAGCAAAGUAGAGUCGUCUCAUGCUGACGUGGAGAGGAGAGGAAGGUCUUCUUCGAAAGCAGAUAGAGAUUCAAAAAGGACUUCAGAAAGUGAAGUAACCAAAAGGUGCUCUCCCCUUGACGAGCUAGGCUAUCGGAAGGGGACAUCCCAUUCUAAGCCCGACAGUAAUGUGAAUUCCUCCCGUUAUAAGUCCACCCCUUCAAAGACCCCUGCACCAAAGCCUGAUAAAUUUAAGAGUUCUUUCUGUUGUACAGAAUCGAUUGAAGAAAUAAAAGAGCAGUCUAAUUCUCUAGAUUUAGAGACCUCUUGUCUAAAAAGCAAUGAGAUCAGGGUGUCCAUUGUGAAAAAAUUUGAAAGGGAAAAGACACUUUCUCCAUUAAAUGAGUUAAAUGAUUUGCCCGCUUUUAAAAAGGCAGAUGAAUCGAACGUGGGUUUUGCUAGCUCAAAGUCUGACGAGACUACAGGAACCGAAUGCCACGACAGUGUUAAGGAACAAGAAACUUUAUUAAAGAUAAGGCAGGAUCAGUUAAGAACAUGUUUCCCCAUGGACCGGAGUGUAAAUGGGUCCCCAGAGGGUAGAGCUGAUGGUUUGGCAUCUUCCAGUGCCUCCAGAACAGAGGAUGUCGCUUCACCUUCUGACGAUAGCCGGUGUCGGUCAGAAGCGUUGCCUGUUGUGCAGACGAGUCCGUCGUACCCGUUGCUGUCUAAUGGGUUUGAGAGCACUUACACAUCUCAAGAACAAGAGCCGGAUGAUUCUCGGGUCCAGUCCAGUGAGUGCAACAGUCUGUUUGGGGAGGUGGAGGCGCCGGUCCCGCAGCAGCAAGGGGAAGCCAUCGCUGUGCCUGUCGGGAGCGUAGAUCCUACUAAAACUCUACUGAAGAACCUGGAUGAUGAGGCAACUCCGUGCGACAAAACCAAAGAACCAGUUUUUUGCUACAUUUCAGAUGAUGCCACCCCUGCUCUGUAUCAUUCGGAAGUUGAAAUCGAAGCGGAACCAGCAGAUGUCAAAGUGACAUCCGAGACUUUCCUGGAUGUGCAGGUAGAGCCACAGACUGUGACGUGCAAUUUUGAGAGCACGGAGGAUCACCACGCAAAGUCUGCCUGCAAUGAGGAGCACCCUCAUCCUUCCCACAAAAUGAGCCUGGCUGCGGAGAGCUCCAGCAGGGAUUCCUCCCAGGAUGGCUGCUCCCCGAGGCUGCGCUCAGACCAUCCCGUGCCGGAGGAAAGCGUCUCUUCCAAGUGGGACGUGGCACCACCAGAUAGAUGUCAGGAGCUGCUCCAGCAUUCGGAAGCCGAAGAGAUGCUUGAGUUGGAUACUCAGCACGUCGACCUCAGUUCGGCAAAAGGCAAGCUGUCCUUUCAAGAUGAACAUUCGUAUUAUUCGGAAGUGCCGCUGGAGCAGCGCGGCAGAGAGGAGGUCGUGGAGGAAAGUGCCGUUUCCACCGAGGGAGUUGGGCCGGAUGAUUUGGGAGAUCGGUGUGCUGACGUAUCGGCUGAGAAGGACGAGGGAAGCGAGCCCUUGGUGACUUUUCCAGACGCCUUGUUUCCCUCUUGCGAUGUCAUUGUCACCGCAGAAGAAACGGAGAUGGUAACUCAAGCCCUGACAUGCGACAGCAGCGGCAAUGCCGCUGAAUUUCUUCCUGCUGGCCACGACGAUUACUCCGACACGGGGGAGAGCGAUAGCGAGGGCGGCAGCGAUGACAGCGACACGGAAGACUCGGAUUCUGAUGACGGCGCGCCGCGGAAGCGGCUGCAGUCUGUUGUGGUGGUACCAAAGAAUUCCACCAUCGCCAUGGAAGAGAGCAGCCCCGGCUCCUCGCGGAGCAGCCAGGGCAACCGGCGCUUCUCUGACCAGUGGGACGACGAGCGACCGGAGCCAAGUCGACCCUACUACGAAGAGAAUAUGGCGAGUAAAGGUGGAGCACAAGUAGAGAGCAGGUGUUCUCCUAGAGGGUUGGAGAAGAGCCUGGCAACUUCUACCGAGCUGGGCAGGAAGGAGCCGGAGGAGCUGCGGGCGGACCCGUGCCAGCCGCAGAGCGACAGCGUGGACAGCACGAGUCAGGCAGACCUGAUGGCAGACUCCCACGGCAAAGCCAACCCGGAUGAGAGGAUGAUGUUGAAGGAGCUGAUGUCCGUUGGGAGACCGAUGGGCCGACAAGACGAGCAGCCGUUUUGCCUGCCGGGGAGUUUUGAAGGUGCUGAUAAAUCCCGACAGCAGAUGAGUUCUUCCAAGCCGGACAGCAGGCAAGGGAAGGGUGGGCUUAACCAGUCUGCUCUCGGAGAGUUCUCCAGGCUGGAUGGUUUUCAUACGCCAGAGGAUAUGGGUGGUGUGAACUGGGACUUUUCCCAGUCGGAGAAACCCAGUAGCACCUACCAGCAACCAGAUAGCAGCUUUGGGGUCUACUCAGGCUGUGUUUACCAGCCGGGCUCGGGAGGAGCGUACAGCGGCUCUCAGAGUUACUGGCAGGGCAACGGUUACUGGGACGCGCGGUGUGCUAGCAGACCUUCGGCGGUUAAUUACGAACGAAUGCAAGGGCAGGUACCCGAUUCUCUAACGGAGGAUCACGAGGAGUACGAAGAGGAUGACCGUUGGGAUGCUGAGUGCAAACCUCAUUUUCCCAGCCCCUCGAAUAAAUUCCCGGUGCCCGGACAGAAAGAAGAAGGCUCGGUGCAGGCGCACGAGAUCAGCAGCAAUUCCACCAAGGAGCCGCUGCCCGGCGGGGAGAAGAAGGAGGAGGUGAAGGUUUUGGAAAAAAAUGAUGUGAAAGAACGAGGUCCACCAAAAAAAAGACGCCCGGAGUUGGAGAGCGACUCGGAGAGCGACAUGGACUCGAGGGAGAAGAAGAAGGUGGAACCGGAGGUGGGGGAGCCAGUGGAGCCGGCACCGCAGGACUCCUCCAUGGUCGGGCGGUUGUGCAUCAUGGAUGACUUCAGAGACCCCCAGCGCUGGAAGGAGUUUGCCAAGCAAGGAAAGAUGCCCUGCUACUUUGACCUUAUCGAGGAGAACGUGUACUUGACAGAAAGGAAGAAGAACAAGUCUCACCGGGACAUUAAGCGGAUGCUGUGCGAAUGCCCUCCCCUCUCCAAAGAGGAGCGAGCGCAGGGGGAGGUCGCUUGUGGAGAGGACUGUCUGAAUCGCCUGCUCAUGAUCGAGUGUUCUUCCAGGUGCCCAAACGGCGACUACUGCUCCAACAGGCGCUUCCAGAAGAAGCAGCAUGCCGAUGUUGAAGUGAUCCUCACCGAGAAGAAAGGCUGGGGGCUGCGAGCUGCCAAAGACCUGCCAUCGUAA